AUGAGGCUGUUUGAUGCUUUAAGAGACAUAAGUCAUCUUUCUGUAUCUCCAGCAAUGAGAAAAAGGAUUGGAAUAAAAUGGUUCUUUAGGGAUUUUCGCCUCUGGGAUUCAUUGUUUGAAACUCAAGAUUACAUGUUUAUUGGAGACGGAGCAAAGCUUGUACGUGAUGCUUUUGAACUUGCAAAAGAGAAGGCUCCUUGGAUCAUAUUUAUUGAUGAAAUUGAUGCCACUAGUACUAAGCGGUUUGACAGUGAAGUGAGUGGUGACAGGGAAGUGCAACGAACUAUGUUAGAGUUGCUAAAUCAACUUGAUGGUUUCAGUAGUGAUGAAAGGAUUAAGGUCAUUGCCGCAACCAACAGGGCUGAUAUUCUGGACCCAGUCAUGCGGUCUGGUCGGCUCGACCGUAAAAUUGAAUUCCCUCACCCUACUGAGGAGGCCAGGGCACGGAUUCUUCAGGGUUAUGUACAAAGAGCAAUCCCGUACUCUAAUGAGGAGUUAGAAGAAACUCAAGAACAAUGGGCAAAGCAUUUUAAGGACAAGUAUUUGAUGGAUGCCGCCGAAUGAGUUUGGGGUCGAUCUAGACGUAAUAUAUAUUGUAUGUUUUUGUUUUCUAGAAUAUAUUUAAUGGAUGUUAUGUAUGUGCAUUGAAAUGUAUUAUGAUUUUGGAUGCUAGCUAGUUGUAACAUAUAUGGAUGUU